UUCUUCCCUGCUCUCAAAGCCCCUAUAUGUAUUUAUAUAAAUCCUUUCUAUAUUUUCUAUUUUUUUUCUAUUUUCUGUAUUUUGCAAUAAAUAAAAAAUAAUUUUGAUUUUCCAUAGACAAACAUUUACAUUAUUCUAGCAUUUGAAAACAUUUCCAGCAUCAUUGAAGAAAAGGAAAAAUGGAACCCUACAAUUAGGGUUUCCUCUCUAUCCCCUUCUAAUUAAUUAACGAAUAAAAGAAAAAAUAGAUUUUUAUUGUCUUAAGUAUCAUAAAUUCGGGCAAGAACUAUUCUGUUUUAGUUCAGUUAUGCAAUAUUGACACAUUUUGUUAAUAUUAAGAAAAAAAAGUUUGGUCCUUUUCUUUUUUGUUCCCUUCAUUUUGCAAAAUUUGAUCUAAAAGGAUUAAUUUAAUAAUUUUUUGUUGGGUUUUUGAUUUUACUGUUGUUGUUGUCAUCGUCGUUGUUGUUAAUUUGGAGAAAUGGAAAAGAGAAAGGCGGCCGCACCAUUAGUGUGCCAUGGGCAUUCAAGACCGGUGGUUGAUUUGUUCUACAGCCCCAUCACCCCUGAUGGCUUCUUUCUUAUCAGUGCCAGUAAAGAUUCCAGUCCAAUGUUGAGAAAUGGGGAGACUGGAGAUUGGAUUGGCACAUUUGAAGGACACAAAGGUGCUGUAUGGAGCUCCUGCCUGGAUACCAAUGCAUUACGGGCUGCAUCUGCUUCGGCUGAUUUUUCUGCGAAAUUAUGGGAUGCAUUGACCGGAGAUGAAUUGCACUCUUUUGAACACAAGCAUAUUGUUCGAGCAUGUGCCUUUUCAGAGGAUACACACCUUCUAGUUACUGGUGGACUUGAGAAAAUUCUUCGAAUAUUUGAUUUGAAUCGUCCAGAUGCACCGCCAAGAGAAGUGGGUAAUUCUCCUGGUUCAAUUAGAACUGUUGCAUGGCUCCACAGUGACCAGACCAUCUUAAGUUCUUGUACUGAUACUAGUGGUGUUAGGUUGUGGGAUUUAAGAAGUGGCAAAAUUGUUCAAACACUUGAGACCAAAUCACCUGUCACCAGUGCUGAAGUGAGUCAGGAUGGUCGCUUUAUAACCACUGCUGAUGGAUCUACUGUUAAGUUUUGGGAUGCAAAUCAUUUUGGAUUGGUUAAAAGCUACUACAUGCCAUGCAAUGUAGAAUCAGCUUCAUUGGAACCAAAGCACGGCAAUAAGUUCAUUGCUGGAGGAGAAGACAUGUGGGUCCAUGUGUUUGAUUUCCAUACUGGAGAAGAGAUUGGUUGCAACAAGGGUCACCAUGGUCCUGUCCACUGUGUACGUUUCUCACCUGGAGGGGAAUCCUACGCUUCGGGAUCUGAAGAUGGUACCAUUAGAAUAUGGCAGAUAGGCUCGGUGAAUCAUGAAGAGAAUGAUUCAGCUCCUCAAAAUGGACCUAGUGGGAAAGUGAAGGCAGUGGUUGAUGAGGUCACUCGUAAGAUUGAGAGUGGCCUUCAUAUUGGCAGGGAAGGGAAAACUGGGGAGAGGGAUAAGGCUACAGAUGCGUGACAUGGUCUUAAGUUUGUCGAGGGCAUUUGACAAGUUUUUGUUUCAGCUUGCUUGUUGGGUUGUAGAAUUGUGGGUGUCUUUUGUGCUCGUCCUGUCUAUGGAAAUAAAAUGAAUUUCCUUCCAAAUUUCCUUGUAUCUUUUUUUCUAGUUCAGUUUUCAAUUUUUAAGAAAUCUGUGAACCUUUUGUUUCCCAUAAUGUGGUCAAUGCUGUUAAAUCUCUAAGAA